UUCGCGCCCACACUGCAGAGUGACAUGCUGAGGCCGGGAGGGUGGGGGCGGGUCCCUGCACCGCCUCCGGAGUCCUUUCCUACUCUGAGAGCCUGCGAAUGAGGGCCGAGCCUGUCACGUGGGCGUGACAGCCGCGGAGGGGUGGCCCGCGGCAAUGUGUUCGGGAGGCGGCCCGCGCAGAGAGCCGAGCGCCGAGGACCCCAGCCCGGCCCGCCCCACCCCGGUGUACCCCGACCCAGGGCUGCCCGGCCGGCCCCACCAUGUUCUCCAGGAAGAAACGCGAGCUCAUGAAAACCCCUUCCAUCUCCAAAAAGAACCGCGCGGGAAGCCCCAGCCCACUGCCGUCGGGGGAGCUGCCCAGGAAAGAUGGGCUUGAUGCAGUGUUCCCUGGACCCAGCCCGGAGCCCCCAGUCCCGUCCUCUGGUGUCAAGUCCACAGCCACCUUGAAGCGGCCCACCAGCCUUAGCCGCCAUGCCAGUGCCGCCGGCUUCCCACUCUCUGGAACUGGCUCCUGGACACUAGGUCGGGGCUACCGAAGCCCCCUGACAGCCGCCAGCCCUGCAGAGGCACCCACUGAGGGGCCUGGUGCUGAGGCAACAGAUGACAUCUCAAACCUGCUGGCUGAUGUGGCCCGCUUUGCAGAGGGUCUGGAAAAACUCAAGGAGUGUGUAUUGCAUGACGAUCUCCUGGAGGCCCGCCGGCCGCUGGCCCAUGAGUGCCUGGGUGAGGCCCUGCGUGUGAUGCGCCAGGUUAUCUCCAAGUACCCGCUGCUGAACACUGUGGAGACGCUGACUGCUGCAGGCACACUCAUCGCCAAGGUUAAAGCCUUCCAUUAUGAAUGUAACAAUGAGUCAGACAAGCGGGAGUUUGAGAAGGCCCUGGAGACCAUCGCAGUGUCCUUCAGCAGCACCGUGUCCGAGUUCCUCAUGGGUGAGGUGGACAGCAGCACACUCCUGGCCGUGCCACCAGGGGACCCCAGCCAGGUGAGCAGAAGGAGCGCGGCCGCCCCGGGACCUCGGGGUGUGCCGGGUGGAGCCUUUGUCCCCAGCGUGACCACCCCGCCCCCGGAGGAAGUGGACAUGCUGCUGCAGCGCUGCGAGGGCGGCGUGGACGCGGCCAUGCGAUACGCCAAGAACAUGGCCAAGUACAUGAAGGACCUCAUCGGCUACUUGGAGAAGCGGACUGCUCUGGAGAUGGAGUUCGCCAAAGGUCUGCAGAGACUCAUCCACAGUGCCAGACAGAACAUCAUGCAUGAGCCCCACAUGCCCCUGCUGUCCAUCUACUCGCUGGCACUGGAGCAGGACCUGGAGUUUGGCCAUGGCAUGGUGCAGGCGGUGGGCACGCUGCAGACCCAGACCUUCAUGCAGCCCCUUGCCCUGCGGCGGCUGGAGCACGAGAGGCGCAGGAAGGAGAUCAAGGAGUCCUGGCACCGUGCACAGCGGAAGCUGCAAGAGGCCGAGGCCAACCUGCGCAAGGCCAAGCAGAGCUAUGUGCAGCGCUGCGAGGACCACGACAAGGCCCGCCUCCAAGUGGCCAAGGCUGAGGACGAGCAGGCGGCCACCUCGCCCGGGGCGGGCAGUGCAGCUUCCAAGACGCUGGACAAGCGGAGGCGGCUGGAAGAGGAAGCCAAGAACAAGGCAGAUGAAGCCAUGGCCACCUACCGCACGUGCGUGGCGGAUGCCAAGACGCAGAAACAGGAGCUGGAAGACACGAAGGUGACCGCGCUGAGGCAAAUCCAGGAGGUCAUCCGCCAGAGCGACCAGACCAUCAAGUCGGCCACCAUCUCCUACUACCAGAUGAUGCACAUGCAGACAGCGCCGCUGCCCGUGCACUUCCAGAUGCUGUGUGAGAGCAGCAAGCUGUACGACCCCGGCCAGCAGUACGCGUCCCACGUGCGACAGCUGCAGCGUGGCGAGGAGCCCGACGUGCGCUACGACUUUGAGCCACACGUGUCCGCCAACGCCUGGUCCCCUGUCAUACGGGCCCGGAAGAACAGCUUCAACGUUGGUGACACUUUGGGGACAGAGGCCACCAGCAGCAGCCCCUCAGAGGAAGGAGGAUCCACUGAGGGGACAUCUGCGAAGGACCACAGGGGGGGACGGGGACACCAGGUGCACAAGUCCUGGCCCAUCUCUGUCUCAGAGUCGGACGGCAGUCUGGACCCCAGCGCGGGGUCAGGGGACUUUAAGAAGUUCCAUCGGAUGUCAUCCAGUGGCACCGUGUCAUCCAGUGAGGAGCUGGUGGACCAAGAAGGUGGAGCAAGGACAGCGGAGUUUGAACAGGAUGACAUCAACAGCUUGGAACCCCAGCUGCCAGUGGCUGUGCCCAGUGGGCCCUUCCGCCACGUGGGGCUGUCCAAGGCGGCACGCACACAUCGCCUCCGGAAGCUCCGCACACCAGCCAAGUGCCGGGAAUGUAACAGUUACGUCUACUUCCAGGGCGCCGAGUGCGAGGAGUGCUGUCUGGCCUGCCACAAGAAGUGCCUGGAGACCCUGGCCAUCCAGUGUGGCCACAAGAAGCUGCAGGGCCGCCUUCAGCUCUUCGGACAGGACUUCUGCCGGGCAACCUGCGGCACCCCAGAUGGCAUCCCGUUCAUCGUGAAGAAGUGCCUGUGUGAGAUCGAGCGGCGUGCGCUGCACACCAAGGGGAUCUACCGGGUCAACGGGGUGAAGACGCGAGUGGAGAAGCUGUGCCAGGCUUUUGAGACUGGCCAGGAGCUGGUGGAGCUGUCGCAGGCCUCGCCCCAUGACAUUAGCAAUGUCCUCAAACUCUACCUGCGCCAGCUGCCGGAGCCCCUCAUCUCCUUCCGCCUCUAUCAUGAGCUGGUGGGGCUGGCCAAGGACAGCCUGAAGGCGGAGGCCGAGGCCAAGGCUGCAUCCCGGGGGGCCCGGCAGGAUGGGUCUGAGAGCGAGGCGGCGGCCGUAGCCAUGGCAGGACGCCUGCGGGAGCUGCUGCGGGACCUGCCACCAGAGAACCAGGCCACGCUGCAGUACCUGCUCCGGCACCUGCGCAGGAUCGUGGAGGUGGAACAAGAUAACAAGAUGACCCCUGGGAACUUAGGCAUCGUGUUCGGGCCCACGCUGCUGCGGCCGCGGCCCACAGAGGCCACGGUCUCCUUGUCCUCGCUGGUAGACUACCCCCACCAGGCCCGUGUCAUUGAGACCCUCAUCAUCCACUAUGGCCUGGUCUUUGAGGAGGGGCCAGAAGAGGGACUCAGGGUACAGGACGAGCCAAGCAGCCAGUGCUCUGAGGUGGUGGUGCCAGUGCCCUAUCUGGAGGCCAGGGAGGCCGCCACCUACGCCCUGCAGGAGGAGGAUGGAGGCCGAGAGACCCGAGUGGCAUCCAAUGAUUCUGAUUCGGAGCUGGAGGAGGCCUCAGAUUCCCUGUCCCUGUCAGACGCCAGCGCCCUGCAUCGCCUCAGCUUCCUGGAGAAGCAGGAAGGGGAGGCCAGCCCAGAGGAGGGUCCCCGAAGCCGGAGUGGCAGCGAGGAGCAGCUGGGGUAUGAGGACGAAGAGGCCCCGACCAGGCAGCUGUCCACGUACAACACCAAUCAGUCUAACAACGUGGCGCUGGCCCGGCUGCCACGCAUGAGGCUCCGUGCUGGGCACAUCAAGGGAGGCAGCUGUGGGCACAGGCGGCCAGAGUUUGUCUGAGCUGGGGCAGCAGCGCACUGCUGGCUGCUCUCCUGCCCCGCCCCCCUGAGGGUCCUGCCUGCCCUGGGUCAUUGCCAAGGGCGCUUGGGCUUGGACACACACACACACAGCUGAGGCGACACGGGCCGCCCCCAGCUCAGCCCAGUGGGGUCCCCGCCUUUGGGGAAGUGGCCUACUGCCAUGAGGGCUGAGCAGCCCUGCCCAAUGAGCACCUCCCCCAGGGCCCUGGCCUCCCUGAGACUCAGGCCCUCAGGGCCACCCACUGGAGCUCUAGCUCCAGGAAGCCUUCACCUUUCUGUAAAGCUGGACCUGGACACCUGGGUUUAGGUACACGAUGGAGUCCCUCACAGGCCACCAUGUCCUUCUUGCAAACCCAAACUUUUUUGCUUACAAUAAACCUUUUA